AUGUCUGAAUUCAACAACACCACUUUCCAUCCUUCUUUCUUCAUUCUCACUGGCCUGCGGGGGCUAGCGUGUUCACGACUGUGGCUGGGACCCUUACUGAGCCUCAUGUACAUCACCACAAUGGCAGGAAACUGCACUGUAAUAUACCUGGUGAGGACUGAGCGUAGUCUGCAGGAGCCCCAGUACCAUUUCUUGACCAUGCUUGCUGUGGCUGAUAUUGUCCUUUCUAUCUCAACACUUUUCUCAGUACUCAAAGUCUUUGUCCUUGGCCUUCAUGAAAUUGCAUUUGAGAGUUGCCUUACUCAACUCUUUUUUAUCCAUACCUCUUCUUCCAUGGGCUCAGGAAUAUUGUUAGCCAUGGCUUUUGACCGCUUUGUGGCCAUUAGUCACCCCUUGCAAUAUACCACAAUACUUACCAACUCACGAGUCACCAGAAUGGGGCUGGCAGCCUUACUGAGGGGUAUAGCACUCAUGACUCCAUUGCCCAUCCUGCUCAAGAGACUGCCUUUCUGUAAAGGUCACACGCUCUCCUAUUCCUACUGCCUCCACCCAAAUGUCAUGAAACUAGCUUGUGGCCAGGUCAACAUCAACAUUUUCUAUGGACUGGUUUUGGUUAUUUUUUCUUUUGGAGUUGACUUUCUGCUUAUAGGCAUUUCUUAUGUACUGAUAUUCCAAGCAGUACUGGGCAUUGCUUCAAAAGAAGGCCGGGUUAAAGCGCUCAACACCUGCUUGUCUCACAUCUGCAUUGUCUUUAUUUACUAUGGACCUCUUUUGGCAAUAACUGCAAUGCAUCGAGUCAGCCACCGAAGUUCUCCAUUAGCACAUGCAGUCCUGGGAAAUGUUUACCUCUUCAUGCCUCCCAUGCUAAACCCAAUUGUGUAUAGCCUAAAAACCAAGCAGAUCCGUGCUGCCUUGAGAAAGUCUUUCAAGAUUCAGAGAAGAUAA